GGCGGGAUUAAGCAUUGGGGCGGGGCCUGUACGAGGAGGCGGGGUCAGGGCUUUCAUUUGGUGAUUGGCCGGAGGCGGGAAGGGCGUGUCCAUGGAUAGGGAGGCCCGCCCUCUGGGCGUGGCCACGCAGGCCGGGGGCGGGCCUCGGGCGUGGGCGGGGCCUUGCGGGCGGCCGCGCGGGCGGAGUGAGCAGCCGCGAUGCGGGGCACGAGCUGCGUGGGCGGCGGCGGCGAGAGCCCGGGCGGCGCGGGACUGAGCGAGGGCCCGCGGGGCCGGUGGCUGCGCCUGGCCCCGGUCUGCGCCUACUUCCUCUGCGUGUCGCUGGCCGCCGUGCUGCUCGCCGUGUACUACGGUCUCAUCUGGGUCCCCGCGCGGCCCCCCGCGGGCCCCGGCGGCCCCGCGCCCAGCGCGCCGCUCCCGCCGUGCGCCGCCCGCCCCGGCGCGCCGCCCGCGCCGCCGCCCGCCCCCGCCGCCGUCUCCUGCCUCCUGGGGGCCCCCGGCGGGCCGCGACCCCAGCUCGAGCUGCCGCGGAGCCGCCGCCGCCGCCGAGACCCCGGGAGCCGCCCGACGCCUGGAGGAGCGCCCGGGGCCGCGGGGGGCCCAGGACCCGGGUAACCUCCCGCCCACCCUGCGGGGCCGGCCCUCCUCCGGAGCCCCCGGCACCCGCCCAGCGCCCGCGCCCAGCGUCCCCGGAGCCGUCUCCCGGAGCAGCGGAGCGGCGGGGCCCGCUGCGGCCCAUCUCCGACCCCGCGGGGCUCCUGAUCCUCCCCGGGGGGGGGCCUGGGCCCGGAGCCCGCAGCCGGGGGGCCGCUCCUCUCCCCGUCUCCACCACAGCCAUCUGCAAUA